UCUCUUCUUCCCCGAGCCGCCACCUCUUCGGCUUGGCCUGGGAGCGAAACCUGAGAGUUUUCCCGGGAUCGAGGUGGGCUUGGCUCGGUCUGCCUUUUGGCCGCCGUCCCUGAACGAACAGGAGCGAGGAGGCGAGGGGCUGAGCGAGGUCAAGCGGCUCCCUCUUCGGCCGACGGAGUAGCUCUUUCCGCCGCAGGGCAGGGACAGCAGCAGGCGUGCGCUCCUUCUCGGCUCGCGUCCGCCCCGUCGAACAUUUUUUCCUCCCUUCUUCUUCUCCUUCUUCCCGCGCCGGCUUCAUGGAGGGCUCCUCUUCGCCGCCGCCCGCCUACUCGGACCUCAGGCGGGGCCUGGGUAAGAGCAACAGCGGCGCCGACCUGCAGAUGAACGGCAACGAGGAGGCGCCGGGCCCCGAGGAAGAGGAGAUCCACGCGCCCAAAAACUACCUGUGGCUCAGCAUCCUUUCCUGCUUCUGCCCGUCCUACCCCAUCAACAUCGUGGCCUUCGUCUUCUCAGUGAUGGCAUUAAACAGUUACGCACAGGGAGACAUAGAAGGGUCAAAAAGACUGGGCCACACCGCACUCCUGGUUGCUAUCGCAGCGAUCCUCAUUGGCCUCGUGCUGAUCGGUAUCCUUUGUGCAGUUCAUUUCACUACGCACGUCAUCUGACGACCAAGACUUCGGAUGGGAAGCGUUGCCCGUCUUCAAACCUCUGGGAAAGGCACAGGGAAUCUCUGGCAAAGGAAAGGAAAACAAGGAUCCUUCAGUCCAGAUGCUUUGAUUCCAGUCGCUGGUGAACAGAUUGCGUCCGCUAUGGCUGUCCACAGUGCUGCAUAAACCGAGACGAGCAUUAAAAAAAAAAAGUAUUUCUUAA